GAGCUGCGCUAUGGUUCCAGUCCUGCAGGCGGCGCUGUAGCCGCUCUCAGACUCAUGUAGACACACAGGAGCUCAGAGAGUGAAUGAAAAAAUAAACUCGUUGAAACCACACAUGAAUUGAUCAGAUAUUUAUGCACAAAGAUGUACCGAGGUACGUCGAACCCGGACUAUCACCGGCCACCGGUACCCCCGUCAGGGUUCGGACCCCCCGCAGCAUCUUUUGGACCUCCGCCGUUCUGCCCUCCUUUUGGGGUUCCUCCAGGGCCUCGAUACUGCGCUCCGCCGCCCGGUCCUCCUCCGGGACGCCCGUACGGAGCAGGGAAUGAAAACUACAACAGAGAAUCGUUUUACGAGAACCGACCCUUCACCAGCCACACUGCUGACCAAAGUGGAUCCACGCUGAUCAGCUCUCUGCUUGCAUCUUCAAAUCAGCAUCAGCUUGGUCACACCUCACAGAAUUGGUCAACCCAAACUCUAGAUGAGCAAAACCAAGAAGUCAGGAAAAAGGCAGAAGAGUUUCUCCGUAUCCUGGAGGCAAGUGACCGGAUUGAGCUGCCAGGAGAUAAAAAUGACAAUGGUGAUCGCACAGCAGACAAGCAUGCCAGCCGAACGCGAAGUCGGAGCAGAGGGAGGAGCCGUCCACGCAGUCGCAGCAGGAGCCGCGGAAGGAGCCAGGGUCGUAGUCGAGCUCGGAGUCGUGGAAAGAGUCGGGCUCGCAGCAAAACACGCAGCCGCAGUCGCAGUCGAGGUAAAAGCCGCACAAGGGCCAAAAGUCGUGCGAGGAGUCGAAGCCGCAGUCGCAGUCACGGGAAGAGCGGAACACACAAUAAGAGUCAGUCACGCCUGAGCCCCAGUCAGACAAAACAGGCUUCUAGAGGAACCGCUGAAGGCAAUCACAGCUCUAGCAGUGCCAGCAGCGGAAUCAGCCUUGGCAGUAGUGCCAUGCCUGAUCUAUUUCAUGGACUAAAACAGAUCCUACAGAACAAAGAUCUAGACAAACACCUGCCUUUGGUCAAGAAUGCCCUCCUUAGAAGCCAGAAUACUGAUGACACAAGGGGAAUGUUUCUAUCAAAUCAGUAUGCAGUUAGAGGCUUCCAGAACAUAGAACCUGAAGCCUCUGCUGAACUCUGUUAUGGUUCCAUGCUUCCUCACGAGAGGGCUGGCGGAGACAGCAGCAGCUUUUCCAAUAUCUUAUCCUGGAACGCACCCAACCAGCAGCCUGAAACCAAGCCUGUGUUCCAGAGUGUUGAAGAUGAAGAGAAAUUCCUUUAUGGAGAGGAAGAGGAGCGAUCCAAACCUCAGGCUGUGACCGUUCCGUUGGCCCAGACGAGAUCUGUGAGGUCUCCGGUUCAUCAUCUCAGUAAAGAACACCAGACUCACGGUCUCCAGGAACCCAAAGCACAUUCCAUGUCUGCCAGUGUGCCGCCCGCUGCUUCUGGGACGACGAAAGUCACUCCAGAAGAAUGCGAGAAGGUGAGAACCCUCCUGAGGACCAUCGGCCUGAAUCCAGGCAUGGCUGACAUCUGUAAAAUGGCUGCCAGACUAAAGGAAAAAAGGGAAGAACAAGGAACGCCUUCUUCGCUCCCGAUGCUCAAACCAGCCCUGGAGGCACUGCAAGCACUGUCCAGAGCAACCAAAACCGAUGACAGUAGGAGUAAUCGUUCUGGAAGCAGCCAUUCUAAUCACGAUUCCAAGCGCGAGGAGAAGAAGACGAAUGAGAAGGAGCGAGACAGACGAGAGAAACAGAUUCAAAAGAAAAGGAAAGAGUACCUGGUGAAGGAACUGGAGGGUCUGCUGAAACAGGAAGGUGAGGGCGAUUUGAUCCCGGUGAUGGGUUUCUUCUGCCAGCGUUGUGAGGAGUUCUUCGGUGAUCUGAAGAGCGCAGAGAGACAUGUAGAAAGUCACGGCCGCAAGGACAGGAACAAGACAACUGGGUCACAGGAGCAGCACAGGGAUGCUAAGAGACAUGAAGACCAGCAUCACACAUCAUCUCACAGACGAGAGAGCCCACACAGUAGGUUCUCAAGGGUCUACCAGGACCACCGGGAACGCAGUCCUGACAGAAAGCACACCAGAGACGAAAGAAGCCCUCAUUCUACAGAUAUCAAACUCAAAAACGAGCCGGAGGGCAAAGACAGUAAAGAUGAGAGUAAAGACAAAUACAAAGAGAAAAAGGAUAAAAUUGAUGACGACGAUGAUGCUGAAUCAACAAAGAGCGAGAAAAAGAAAAAGAAGAAGGAGAAGAAAAUGAAGAAAAAAGAAAAGAAAAAGAAAAAGGACAAGAAAAAAGCUGAUAAGGAUUCACCUUAGUGUUAAAGAUCUUUCUUCUAAAAGCAUCAGCUGUGCGUUUGAGCUACAUUUCAGUCAGCAGUUAUUAGUGAGUCUUCUCUGGUUGAAAGCCUCAGGAUGCCUAGACAUGAUUGUUAAUAUGUUAAUGCAUCCUGUAGGUGACUCUCCAACCGCAUACAGUGUAGUACAGGGACGCUUCACUUAUGUAGAGACACUUUUAGCCUGUUACAUUUAAAUGCGAACAACCAGAGAAGAUGUCAAACUGAAACUAAGGCCAGAACUUUCUAUAAAUGUGCAGACAUUCUGGUUGUAUAUCCAGCCGAGCCUGAAGUUUGUCCCACUCGUCAUUGUCCUAUGAACAGUGUUCCACAAACCAAACACACUGCAACGUUCUAGCUCUGAAAAAAUUGAAACAUUCAUACUUGGAUUGAAUUUGUGUGCAGGAAUAAAAGGUUUUUGGAUUAGA